CCGCCAGGCUUAUAAAACAGCAGAGGAAACCCUGUCAGUUCAUGGUGGAAACAAGUAGAGGAUUUCCUGCUAUAGAAAGUGUCUGGAUCUUAUUAUUCUAUCCUUUUUUCUCUUUGGAGAAGAGUUUUUAAAUUUGAUAAAGUUGUACUUAAUUUAAAUCUCAGCAGUUGUUUGAAACGAGAAUAAUUUCUGCAACUAAAUUUAGUGUUUUUUCUAUAUUUCUUUUCACUUACAUCUGUGUAACAAAGUCAAAAUAGCAGAUGUUAAAACGAGCAUUAAUAUCACCACAGUAAUGAUAAAUUGUUAUUUUAUUAUAGCAGCAGAAGGAAUAACUGUUUUUAAAUUUCAAUUAAGGUAUUUCAUAUUUUACAUUUGUGAAUUUUUCCUUUUAAAACCUCCCACUGAAUUAUAAAAACAUACUACUAACACAAGAGGUUAAAUUAUUCAAAUUAAGAAAUGUUUUAAUGAUCCCAGAGGUAAAUUAAUUAAUAUGGUGUUUUAAUGAGGCAUAUUAAUUAUGAUGAACAUUUUUCUGUCAUUUAUUAACUAUCAAACAUGCCCAGUUUUGCAAUAUAUCUCUAACUUCCCUUUACUAGCCUCACAAAGCCUCUUGUUUUGGAUCAGAUGUUAUUAAAUGUAGCUUUUUAUGAAAAUCUCAAGCAAAUAUUUAAAGGUUUUGUCACAAUAUGGGUGGAAACCCCAUCAGUUAGCAACCGAGGCUAACAAAAUCAAGGCAUUGAACUCGUGUGGCUGCUGCUUAGUGACACGUUUCUCUGUUUUAGCGUUUGAUAAGGCGCGUAGCGUUGAUGCAGACCCAUGAUGGACGUCUGGCCAGCUGUGGCCUGGAUCCUGAUGCUGAUGUCAGUUUCUGAGUGGACGGAAACCGCAGAGUCACGGGAUUUCACCAUGAAGGACAUAAUUCAGCUGCAUCCUUCAACCACACCUCAUCCAGGUGGUUUCAAAUGUUUCACAUGUCAGGACGCUGCAGAUAACUACAACUGCAACCGCUGGGCUCCAGAUGUUUACUGUCCAAAGGAUACGAGUUACUGCUACACGCUCCACAUGAUGGAUAACCAUGGCGACAGCGUUUCUGUGACAAAGCGCUGCGCGACCUUGGAGCACUGCCGCUUCGCCGGCUGCGUCAACAUCACCCACAACGGCUUCCAGGUGUGCACGUCCUGUUGCCACGGAAACAUCUGCAACGUGCUGGUGCCGAGGAACGACAGCGGCGCCGUGUUCUCCUCAGCCGGGCCUCUGGUGGGCGCGGGCAGCACGCCGCGUCCCGCUGCACUACGUUACAUCACCCUCAUCACUGCCAGCAGCUGCUGGACACAUUUAAGGAGUCAAAUCAUUUAACACACAAAAUAUUCUUUAAACUAGGAAUUCAUCAAGCCUACAGAUGACUAUGUUUAACAGUUAUUUAUGUUGAAUAUUUAAAAAUGCAUCACUUUAUUAUUUUCUAUGCAGGUUUUUUUUUUUAUAAAAUAAACUGUAAAUGUGAUUUGGAUGAUGUUUUACCCAGAGGAGAAGCUCUAUGGGAUUUUCUGAUAAACACAAAAUAUUGUAUAAAUGUUACAAUUUAAAUUGGUACUUUGCUAUUUUUUAUUUAUAAAUUUGAGAAAAGUGUGGAAUACAUUUGCUUUCCAAACCUUUCAGGCAGAAGCGAUAAAAUUUUAAUAGCUUGUGGUUGUAAGAGAACAAAAUUUAAUUUUAAAAAAAUUAUUGAAAGGGGUUUGAAUUAUUUUCCAAGGCAACAUGUAUUAUCAGAAAUCAAAACAGAGCUUGUGAGUAAAAUCUUGAACCAUUAAAGUCAUUCAACUUUAAUCUAAUUCCAGAAGAACAAUUUAGGAAAAGAUCAUCUUCUGUCCCAUGCCUCGUUUUACCAAGAUACAAAUCAUAUUUAUUGACCGAUACAAGGCAGAACUAAGUGCUAUUUUAGAUUUGUGACUGAAAAUAUAAACAUAUUUAAGACGUUUUGAUGCACUAAAAUGACCGUGCAGGAAGAAAAUAAGAACAGCUGUGGAAGCAUUAUUCUGGUACUCUUAAAUGCUUAUUUCAUGUUUUAACUUUUAUGCAUUUUGGUUAAAAUUUUGUCUAAUUUUUCUGUGAAUAAACUUAUAAAACCAGCAGUGGAUUAAAUAGUUGCUUCCUGGAAAUGAAGUGAGUCCAGCCUGAAAGGAAAACAUUUUAUUAGCAGUGCAUUACGACCCGAUGUCGUUCCAGCGAACGUGUUCAUGUCGUUUUGAGGCUUGUUCUUGUUCCUCACCUGGGAAUUUCAUAAAUACAAAUAUUCUCUAAAAAUAUCAACACUUUCUACAGAUUGAACCUAUUGCAAAGUUGGCGUUUGGAGCGCGGGUCCUCCCUGGAUGUAGUGAAGGGUGUGAAGUCGUUAACACUGACAUGUC